ACUGCAGGGUAUUCGAGGAGCAGAAGAGCUCGCCAGGUAUCCGCUAGAGGAGCUGCGUUAUCUCAAGUGAUUUAAUCAUGUGACGGGCUUAUUAAGACUUUUACCAUGAUGAAACCAAAUUUCCCGAAUAGACAGCGGAUAAGGAGGCGAUUUAAAGCCUGCUAACGGAAGGCAAUGCACAGAGGAGGAGGUUACCCAGAUCUGGGCUGGUGGAAGGCAGCGGCCCCUGCAGUGUACUGAGACCAAAGAUAGAAGAGCGCAGUCAAGUAAGGAGCGGAACCAACUCAACUUCUGGAUGAGAAUUUCAGAAUAAAAGAGGUCUGCCUUAACUAUGCCAGUAUGAACUCUCUGAGAGGCAGCAGGAAGUAGCUGUAGCUGGCUAAGAAUCGGCUGUGCUCCUGGGACCGAUGACGGGACCCAACUCCCCGAGCCGGACCGGCACCUCAUCGGUCAAGUUCAGCAGGCGCGGCCGCUCCAAGAGCACCAGUGCACACUGCCUGCUCCACUGCGGCGCCGGGGAGGAGACCGCCGCCUGCCCCCCCAGUAACUCCCCCGAGGAGGAAGAGAAGAAGGAAGGAGGGGUUCUCUUCUACGUUAAUCGGAAUGGUUUCCCCAUCGAGAGCGUAACCUGGGAGAGGAUGUGGUCCCAUGUGGCCACCGUCCACCCCGACGGCCAGGAGAUGGUGGACCGGAUACGGAACGCUGCAUACCUGCCAAAACCUACUGUUCCCUCCAUUCCAACCUUCAAGCCAUCCAUGUCAGCCCCUGAUUGGCUGGUGGCCGUCCAGAACUACAUGAAGGCUCUGCAGUACAACCACACUGGAACCCAGUUUUUUGAGAUUAAGAAGAGCCGCCCGCUGUGUGGGUUGAUGGAAACAGCGAGGGAGAUGAUCAGGGAGUCUCUACCAAUCAAAUGCCUGGAAGCCGUCAUCCUGGGAGUCUAUCUGACCAAUGGCCUCGCGUCUCUGGAGCGCUUCCCCAUCAGCUUCAAGACCCAGUUUUCAGGUCACUGCUUCCACCACGUGGUUCUGGGCGUCUACUGCAACGGUCGCUACGGAUCGCUGGGCAUGAGCCGGCGCCCGGACCUGAUGGACAAACCGCUGAGCCACCGGACAUUGGGCGAGCUGGUGGCCGAGUUCGAGAGCUCCUACAAGAGAUACCAGCACACUCUGAAGAAGGUGAAGAUUGGGUUGUACGUGCCUCACGACCCCCAUGUCUUUCAGCCAAUCGAAUGGAAGUAUUUGGUGCUGAACACGACCCGACUCGGAGCUCAGGAGAUGAGGAAGGACCUGGAGAAACACGGCCGGGACAUGAGGAUGAAGAUCCUGAAAUCCUCCAUCGCUCAGUCACCAAUCAAGGAGCGCAGCAGAGGAAAGUCCUUAUCGCCACGGCGACGGCCAGCCAGCCCUCAGCGACGGACCGCACACCGCAGAGACAAAUCGCCGGCCCCAGUGGAGAGGAAACCUCUGGAGCUCAGCACCCUUAGUGACGGUUACCAGAUCCGUAUCUGAUGAACCCCCCUGCCCUUUGACCCCGCCCCGCCCUCUCUCAGCCUGGGGUCUACCUACUGUCAUCACCGCCAUGGACCAGGUCACUGCAUCUGCGUCCGGCUCAGAUCAGAAGUAAAGUAGUUUUGGACAUAAUCUGGUAGCCAUUCAUUCCUCACAGGAAGCUCGUCUAGGUCACUUCCUGUCAUGUAGCUGAAGGCCUGCCUCUGAGGCAGCAGUUAGAGCUGAGCCGUCUGGCUGGGGGCGGUCCUGUCUUAAAGGGGCGGUCCUUUCUUAAAGGGGUGGGUUUAAAGAAGAAACAUGGCUGAAUUUGAGUUUUUCUACAUGAAAGAUUCUCAGAACGGUUUUCUGACCUCAGAUUUAAAACGUCUCUCCAGGAGUUGGACCAAAAAUUAAACUAAACAAAUAACAAAACUUUGAAGAUAAUGGAAUUCAAAACCAACAGGAGUCCAAAUAAUCUGGCUAAACACACUUUGAUAUGCAGAAUGCAUUAAUCACUGUAGGCAAGGCAGGUUAGAUUAGGAGAGCAUGUUGGAUGAAUUAUGCAAAAAGAACUAAAGAGUCAAUAUAGAGCAGAAUAGAAAGAGGAGGAAGAUGAAGAUGGAGUGAUAGAAAAAGAUGGAUUAUCAGAGCGCAGAAGCUGUUGAUGCAAAUCAGAAGAUUUGACCUUUAAAUGAUUUCAGCUUCACUUUCUGCAAAGUUAAGAAGAAAUUAGCUUUUUAUGUUCGGAGCCAAAUAUUUUUACCUCUAAAGGUUCUGCAUGGGAAGGAGAGGAUGAUGAAGCUGGUCAUGGUGAAAAGGUCAAAGUUUAUUUUCCAACCUGUUUCACCAACGGCUGGAAAGUGAACAGAUUGAGGUUCAGAGGAACCAAACAGGAAGUGAUGUAUCUUUGUGUUGUGGUCAGCUAACAUGUUUAUGAAUCCAUAAAGUUUCAUUUUUGAAGGUAGAUCUCUGUAACGGAGGAGAGAGAGCUGAUCCCAGAGAAACUCAGAGCGGUGUCCAGUUAGUAAUGUUUGCACUGAUUCACACACCUGUGUGUGUGUGUGUGUGUGUGUGUGUGUGUGAAGGAGGGUCUGAACGGUCCAGUCAGGUCGAGUCUGGCCAGAUGUUUGGGUUCUCCUGUCGAGGCCUUCCACCAAUCACAGCACAGAAGCUUGGAAAUCAGUUUUAUUUCAUCAAAACGUUCUUGUUAACAUGUUAGCAUGUUAGCACGUUAGCAUGUUAGCAUGUUAACAUGUUAACAUUACUUGCAUAUCAGAUCCAGAAGUUAAAGUUCAUUCAGUUCACAUCAGAAAGUCGCUUCCUUCAAGGCUUAAUUUAAUAAACUAAUGAAAUGGAGUCGACCUGUUUGACCUCAGAGUCUGACCCCAGAUCAGUUCUAAUGGAUGAAUCACUGAACUGAUCAUUUAUCUUACUGUAAUGAACUUGAUAUCUAGACUUUGAAUAGGCCGCACCUUUAUUUCUUUUCGUCCAUCCUGUUGAUAGAUUUGUUGCUGUUUGGGUCGUUGUCCUGCUGAUGACCCGGUUCUGAUCAGGUGGGCUUAACUCCAGAACAUUUAAGUCACAUGGAAGGGUGUACUUAGUUUUUGUCAUGACUGAACUGUUGAUUAUAAUUAAUUAUAAUCGUUUUUUCCCUUGACUUUAUUAGCUCAACAAACUAGAUUAUGUUUCAAUUUGAAAAAACCCUCAUCUUUCAAGAUAAACAUAUCCAUAAAACAUUUAUGUGUAUAUAUAUAUAUAUAUAUAUAUAUAUAUAUAUAUAUAUAUAUAUAUAUAUUUUGCAUCAUGGUUGCAUAAAUUGAUUGAAGGAUUUUCCUUUGAAUGUUUCACAUCAUGUUUUUCCAUCAGAACCAGUGCAUAUAGUUGCCAACAGAAACAUUUAAAGCUAAAAGCUAAAGCUAUGCAGCAGCUGUUAGCAGAGACAACACAAAAACCAAGUCUUCCUCAGCGACUGUUUCCUGUCUGAACAAACGUUCAGAUUCAUUCUGAGCUUUUAUGUCGGUGCUGUUAACAAACUGAGACGUUUCUACACGUUUCUGAUGUAGAUCUGGGACUCAGCAGCAAACCAGCGAAAUGAUCCUGUUUCUACUGCGGCUUCUCUUUAAAAGCCUCGUGUCUUUUAGCGUAAAGAAGCACACAGAAAUGUUACGUUUUGAAAAGUUCCACGUCUUUUACUUUUCUGCGUGAAGCAGCUUCAAAAGUUUCUGAAUGUUUUCUUUUGUGUUUGACUCAAGUCUGUUUAGGAUAUUUGCUUUGAUUGUACUCUGAUUUUGAAUGAAACUCUUUUGUUGCAAAAAGAAACACUUUGUGGUUGUAGCCAGUGUUUCAUCUGCAGCCUUUCAGUUGUUCGUUUCUCAGCUCCUGCUGCUUCAUCAGCCUCUGAUGCCAGCAUGACAACAACCAGCUACAUGCCGCAGGAGGACGGCUUGUUCCAGCUUUAAACCAGGACAGAUCCACAGCUCUAACUCCUAUUAACUGUAAGACAUGAGACUGGCUGACCAAACAAAGCUUUUUAUUAAAAAGAUGCACAACUUCAUGAAAAAAAAAAAGAUUUCAAACUAUCUCUUAAAGAAAUCAAACUCAGAAAUCAUAUCCAGCAUUACCAGUGCCUCAGCAGUGUGUUAACAAAUCAAAUUUAAAUUUGAUUUUUAUUUUGUUUUAUUUUUCAUUAUGGGUGCAAAAAAAUGUUUACUUUAAAUAUUCUCUUCAUGUUGGACUGAAGUAGCUUCUUCAUGCCUGACUCUGGAGUCGGCCUUUAAUAACGCUCCAGUUCGACGUGACGAAGCAGGCAUCUGCAUGUGUGUGUACACCUCAAACCCUCCACCGCCUCUAAAUAUAAUCAAACACCCAUAAAGUCUGACGGACUGAAGAGCUUUGAAAACAAGAGUUUUGUGGGUUUUUACUGAGUUUCCUGUGUCGUUUUGUACUCUGGAGAUAAAUAAGCAAAAAUGUGAAACCUGGUAAUUUGUUCCUCUCCUACUGUUUCAUCAACUGUUUUUAUCUCCAAAUGUAGCAGCAUGUGUUGUUUUAAUAAAAAAAUAAAUCUAUGUUUUUCA